AUGAGAAAGAAGCUUUCCGUUGACCACGAUCUGAAAUCAGAGGAAACAACAUUGGAGGAAAUUUUCUACAAGACUUCAACAAACGCGGUUGAACGGCUGUCGACGAACUCCGACCUUGUGGCAGAUGGGUCACGGGACAACGGGCUCCCGACCGUGGCCGGCAAACACAAGGAUCUCAUGGCCAUUUUGCCGGAAACGAUGUCAGCUGUACUGAAUGGCGACUACGACCACCAUAUUGAUCACUUGACCGUCAUUGACUGUAGAUACCCGUACGAGUUUGAAGGAGGCCAUAUCCGGGCGCCAUUAAUCUCUACACAAAGGACUCCAUCCGGAACUUCCUGA